CAAGAAUAAAAAGAAGGGCAAAGAUGAGAAAUACGGCUCAGAGGUGACGACUCCAGAGAACAGCUCCUCUCCAGGCAUGAUGGACAUGCAUGAUGACAACAGCAACCAGAGCUCGAUCGCUGACUCAUCCCCGGUGAAGCAGGAAAACAGUUGUAGCACCAGCCCCACCCCGGAGCCCACCGCCUUGUCUCACCGUGAGAACAGCGAGGCCAAGACUGAGCAGAGCCCGGACAGCAAGAGGGGUAAGACCAUCCCUUCAUCAGAGACCUCAGAUAGAGCACAAAGUGCCAAGAGAGACAGCCUGUCCUCAGGGGAGAAGGACUCUUCAGACAGUAAAGCCACUCAGGACCUAGAGGUGGAGGCCCCACCCAGCAAGAAAAGCAAACUGGAGUCCUCAUCUCAGGACUUUGAGGAGAGUUAAAUGUUUGGGGCUGAGUCAUUUCUCUCCUUCACCUUCCUCCCUCCCUCCCUCUGUACCUCCCCCAUUAACUCUAGAUAAUUUAGGGCUAAUGGACACACCAGUUCUCCUCCCACUCCUCUUUCUCCCCCCACCUCCCCUUCUCUACCCAAACUUGUCAAUACCAAAGGGAGAAUGGACGUCUCUCCCCACCCCCCUCCAAUUUUCCACCUUUGCCCUAACACUCCUCUGCCACAGAGGGAGAAUGGAUAUUACCUCUAUUCACUGGUCCCCUCCGUGCUUCCUUCCAGUACUCCACACUUUUUCACUAAUGCCAAGAGAAGCUCUGAACCCAGGCUGCAAUCCCCUCUGUGACCAGGGGCAACGCUGUUAGCCCAGUCCAGCCAGCGCCAGGCCAGACCACAAACCCUGACCUGCAUCUGUGACUAAAAGAGUUAACACUGGGGAUCUGAGACUAGGACGAGGUUGAUCCCGGACGCUGCUCUGAGACCGCUUUUUAAACGUUUCACUGCUAAUGGUUUAGCUCAGGAUAACUCAAGAGGCUAACCUGGUCUCAGAUCAGUGGCUGGGGGGGGGACCUCCACCCUAAGACCACGUCACUUCAAUCCUCCCGAUUCGCCUCCUGUUAGACUAAUGUUCUAUAUUUGUUUAGGAAAUGUUUAGGGUUUUUUUCUCAGGAGGGUCAAUGCACUGUUAUGGUAUGUCACAAUCGAUCACAGAUAGAUUUGCUGCUGUAGUGGAUGUCUUUUUUCUCUAUCCAUGAAAAGUUCUCCAUUCACUUUUUUUUUUUUUUUUUUAAGUGAGUUAGUUUGUGGUUCGUAGAGGAAGAAGACAACGACGGUACUGGUCAAUCUUGGAUAAGUAGUGAAGACAGGCAUAGGUAGCGUAGGUCCUGAAGGUGUGCCUUGAGUUGCUACGAUUAAAUACAUGUUUUAGGUCAAGCAGGUUUUUGAAUUACAAUCUUGGUGCCAUGUUUGUUUUGGUUUUUUUUGCCUUAUAAUCAUCACUAAUCAGUUUUAUCCAAUAUUUAUAUUCAACUACAACAGUUUGAUUUUAUUUAAAGGAAUAGUUCAGCAUAUUGGGAAAUGUUUGCUUCCUUGUUGAGAGUAAAACAAGACUGAUACCACUUUGAUGUCCGCUUGUUAAACGUAAAGCUACAGCCGGAGACAAUUAGCUUAGCUUAGCAUAAAGACUGGAAACGGGGAGACAGCCUAGCCUGGCUUUAUCCAACUUUAAAAAAAAAAAAAAUCACCCUACCAGCAUCAGUAAGGCUCACUAGUCAGCACGUAAAAAAUAAAAAAUUAACACACAACAUGCUAAUUAACGUUAAAUUUUU